AUGUCGGCCCUCGAGAACAACACGGAAGCUCCAAAAGCAAUCACCGAGACCGCAUUGCCCUUCAGCCCAGCGGAUGAGAAACGACUUGUCAGAAAGCUCGACAGGACCAUCCUUCCUUGGAUCAUGCUCCUCUACCUUCUCUCCUAUAUCGACAGAAGUAACAUGGGUAACGCCCGCAAUAUUGGCCUCGAAGAGGAUAUCGGCCUCUCCAGCGUCCAAUAUCAAAUUGCUUCGGCUUCUUUCUACAUUGGCACCGUCAUAUUCGGUACGAUCGGUGCUCUGAUGCUGAAGGUCGUGAAGCCUUCUACGUGGCUAGGUAUCUGUGCCGUGGGCUGGGGCGCUGUAAGCACCCUACAGGCUGCGUGUGUCAAUCCCGGAGGACUUAUCGCGGUGCGUUUCUUCCUCGGUGUCUUCGAGGCAUCCUUCGCCCCUGGAUGUGCCCUGUACCUCAGCUUCUGGUACCUCAAGUCUGAACUAUCUCUGCGCAUCGCGGCCUAUGCGGGGAUGAGCGCCUUGAGCGGUGUCAUCUCGGGUGUAGUUGCCUACUCCAUGGGUCUUGCUAAGAACAUGGCUGUUACCUCCUGGCAGGGCCUGUUCCUUGUCGAGGGUCUUCCAACAAUUGCUGUGGGGGCUGCUACUUUCUGGAUGCUUCCUGGCCGACCAGAGUCUGGCAAAUCCUUUUGGUUCACGGACGAGGAGCAUCAAAUUAUUUUGAACCGAAGGAGCAGGUUCACCAGGAACGCUGAUGAAGGCAUUAGCAAAGCUCAAGUGAAAGCAGCUUUUCUCGAUUACCGUCUUUACCUUUUUUGCGUCAUGUAUUCCGGUCUUUCCUUGUCCCUCGCCGUAGCUGCUGUUUUCCUGCCUACAAUUGUCAAAGACUUGGGUUACCACUCUGUGCAGGCGAAUCUCAUGACAGCUCCUAUUUAUGCCGUUGCUUAUGUCACUUUACUUGUGACGGCCACCCUAUCUGACAGGUUUCGGGCCAGAGGUAUCCCUAUCUCUAUCGGGGGCUUGAUCGCUGGCACUGGAUAUAUCUGUCUCGGUCUUUUGAAAGAUGACUUGGCACGAUAUGUGACAUGUUUUCUCGCAGUCACAGGAACAUACAUGGCCUUCCCUAUCGUCCUUACUUGGAUCACUUCAACCUUUGCCGGAGACACAAAGGCAGGGGUCGGCCUUGGUAUUGUCAUUGCUGUCACUCACGCUGUCGGUGUUGCCGCGUCCAACAUUUAUCCUAAAACUGACGCGCCAUAUUAUCUCAUGGGGAAUGCAGUAUCAAGUUCCCUCGUGUUCCUGACAGCCUUGAGCGCUGUCAUUAUGAGUGUGAUGCUUUACAGGGAGAACCGCCUCCGCGACAGGCGUUUCGGUAGACCUGAAGCAGGUGUGCCCAUCGACAUGGGAGGCGAUGCUGACAAAGCCCAAGAUUAUCGUUAUGAGAUUUGA